AUGCCAAUGCAUGUAGAAACUGAAUCUGAUGGAGAAGGACAUGAAUGGAACAACGAUGACAAAUCCAACGCGUUUUCUCGGUAAGAAAAACAACAAUGCCAGCGAAAACUUCUGUUUUGCUUUAUUUAGUUAACAUCGUAAUCUGCGCUAGGAAUUUCAAGCAUGGAAGAAUGGACAACCAACUCAAGAAACCAGGUGAACAAGAACCAAAAACGUGUUCUAUCAGAUGGGGCUGGAUAUCGCUGGCAAAAAAGGGUUGGUCCAGAGAAGGCGGAACCUCCGCGGGAAGGAGGCGAAGGGUGGGGGGGGUGGUGGGGGUAACCUCUAAGUUAUUAAAUAGAAUUCAUAUUUAUUAUUCACAGUCAGUCUGAUAUCAUGUAUUGAAUAUGGAGUUGUACACAUCUGACAGAUUGCAGUUUCCAUCGCUGAAUAAGUCUGACAGGUUGUUAAAUUAAUUUUUCCAUCAUAUCCGUUUCUGUGGGAAAAGUCAGUUUUAUAAGUUUACAGUGAUUGUAGCGAAUGAGCCAUACACUAAUCAAUUGUACUUGCAAAAAUCGACUUGGUUUCUCUUUACUUCCGUUUACUUUGAUACCACAGUAUAUUAAGAGGUUCAAUUGAUCAAAAACACGCUAAAACAAACAAAAUUUGAAGACAAAACAGUGAAAUCCACUCAGCCUUCGCUUGUUCUCUUUGGCCUCCAUGACUUCCUGAUCUUUUCCAACCGUAUGGCGCACGUGUGAAGCGGGGAAGCGGGAAACAUAUGUUCGGUCUCAGUCUUUUUCGUCCGACUCGGCAGUCAAAUAUCUCCACGUCGGGCGAAGAAAGAUUCAAAUAUCCAUUCCCCCGGGAGAACAAGAUCGGUCAAAUACCCUACCCCAGGGACAACAAAGACAAUCAAAUCCCCACCCCAUGCCCUGCCUCCCCCCCCGCCGGCAUUACAUUGAUAGGUGCAUUAGAGGAAUAGCAGUACAAAACAGUAUCGUCCUCGUAAAGGAAUACGCUACAGUGAUUGACUCCAGUAGGCAAGUCAUUUAUGUAAACAAGGAAAAGUACUGGCCCCAGGAUGCUCCCUUGUGGCACACCAUAUGUAACCGUUAGAGGUUCGGAGAUCUCUGCAUGAGGUGCGCUUCUUCCUAUGAAUGAGGUAGGAUUAAAACCACUGAACAGCAUCAGGAGAUCAUCCCAAGGAAGAUAACUUGGCGAGCAGGAUACAGUGAUCCACAGUAUCGAAAGCCUUUUACAAAUCCAAGAAUACACCUUCACAGAGAUUCCCGCGCUCCAUGUUACCAAGAACGCCAUCGGCAAAACUUGCUAGAGCAGUAACUGUCUCGUGUUUUGGUCGGAAACCAAAUUGCUUGUCGGUCAGGAAGUGUUUAAUGUUCAGGUAAUCAUAAAGUUGGAAGUGAACAGCUCUCUCGAGGAUAUUGCUUAGAGUUUGCAAAAUUGAUAUCGGGCGGUAGUUGGAUGCGUUAGUCUGGUCACUUUAUUUAAUAUUUUUAGCAGCGGAAUAUAAAAGGAUAUGGUUAGAUAGUUUUGUCGAAGAAUCAGCUGUUUGAUCCUCCAUAGAAAUUUCUCUUUCAUGCGUGCAUUCGUCAAGAUAGCAGAAGAAAAUUUACGUGGCAGCAGGAGCAAACAACUUGGGGUUACAAAAAAUGCUUAACGGUGAAUGCUUUUGUCAGUUGUAGAAGUACAUUUAGCUGCUUUAGCCAAGUUUAAAGGCACUCCACUUAAACAAUUUGGGACAAAUAAUAAAGAUAACUUAACAGUAUUAAAAAGAAAACAGCGAGCACGAUCGAACCAGUUGGCUGUGUUCACAUACAUGGUUGAGGAUUAGAAAUUAGGAAGACCGAAAAUUCAAAUCCACCCAUUUAGGGACCACCCGACUGCGAGUCCGAUGUCACGCUGAUCACUUAGCCAUGCUGUGUUUCUUCAAAUAGAUCAUUUGCAUGAUGGCGUCAUUUUACUACCAUGACCAGAAUCCUUUUAGUUUUUUCUUUCAUAUUUAAAUUCGGUAUUUGUUGGCGUGGUUUAAAUAACAAAAACCCUAAUUUUCACAACAAAGCAAAAUCCUGAAGGAUUCUGGUCGUGGUAGGAAAAUGACGUCAUUGUGCAAAUGGCCUAUUGAGUUGAUUCUAACUAAAUGGGCUUAGCAGGGUUUUCAGGGGCUGCAAAUUUGCGCGUUGCUCAAAGCACACAUUUUUGUAUCUUUUCUUAGACUCUUCUGGUAAGAAAGAGACGGUGGAGGUGGGGGUGAUUGUAGUGGGUCUCUCUUGCAUUUGUGUUUUGGCAUGUGCACUGGUGACUCUUCAACUUCGGGAAAACAACAGGAGAAUCACGGGAUCCCGUCAGAGAUCUGGUUACGACAGUGGUAGAUCAGGUGAUCGGACACGUGAUCACCUUGACACAGACGCGCCACCAUCUUACGAUACAGGUAAAGUUGAUCUGUCAUACAGUUAAAUGUGCGUAUUUGUGACUUAAGCUCUGACUACAACUUUUAUCUCAGUAACAGGUAACCUUUCUGAGUAUUGUUAGUGUCUUUCUUGUCAACUCGGCAGAAGGAGCUAAACUGGUUUGUCCCAAAUAUUAACAACAACAACAACAAUCUUCUGUGACAAAAUGCUACGAUGUUAUCAUUCAUGUCAAACCUCAUAGGUAGUACCUUUUCGUGGUUCCCCCUUUCUUUCUUUGUAUUGUACAAAAUGAAAUAAAUUUUGGCAUUGACCUCCCUUAUGACGAGUGUUUGUAUUAACCGUUUAAACAUUCUUUAUAUUUUCAGUUAUUCGCUCGCCCCACCUCUACCCACCAACUAGAAGAACCUCUAUCACACUUGAUAUCUCCGAUACAAGACGCAGUUCAGGCUCGAGUGUUUUUAGCUUGUCCCUACAGAGUGCUCGCUUCAUGCAUCCUUUUCAUAUAGUACCAAUGGGCUCAUCGGAGGACAAUUUAUCGCAGAAUUCAGAUGCCCGUGAAAUGGAUUAUCGUCAGGAGGAAAAUGAAGGGCCGCCGCCCCCACCGUAUCCAGGGAAUAUCAUUUUGAUAGCCACACGUCAUACACACUCUAUCGACUCUGCAGUUGGUGUUCAUUCGGUUAAUGAAAAUAGUAGAAACCAAGAAAGUGAAACAGCAGGUUUAAAUUUUUCCAGGUCUUUAAAUAGUGAGAGUCUUGAGGGAAGGGACUGA